AUGGCCGGAAGUCAAAGAGGUUCCCAAGUCUUGAGGAGACAAUUCAUUCAGGAAACCACUGAGUACCUGAAGGACACGGUCAGCAGAAAAGACCUGCAGCUCCUGUUGGCCAAAGAUGAAGCCUGGAAAGUGUUGGUGGCAGAGGCUGAACUGUCCAGAGAUGAGGAAGCUGCACUGCAUAAGGCUCUGAAGCUGCUCUUAGAACUCCCCACCUUGGAGGACAAAGACAGUCUUCAAGAAGAACUGCAGGACAGGAAGAAGUUUGUGGAAGCUUUUCCUCAGUUGAAAAGGAAGGUACAGGAAAACAUCAGGAAGCUCCGAGCUCUGGCUGACCACCUUGACCAGGUGCACAGGGGCUGCACCAUCUCCAAUGUGGUAACCAACUCCACCAGUGUUGCCUCAGGAGUCCUGAGCAUCCUGGGUCUAGCUCUGGCACCUAUGACAGCAGGGGGCAGUCUGCUGCUCUCAGCAACUGGGUUGGGGCUGGGGACAGUAGCUACUGUGACUGGAACUGCCACUGAGAUUGUGGAGCAAACAAGCAAGUGGUCAGAUGAAGCUAAAGCCAAGGACCUGAUGUCAGACACCAUGGACACUCUGAACACAGUUCUUGUCAUGGGUCAGAAUGCACUCAAACUUGAUAAAACCAUCUAUAAUGUCAUCAAACAAUUGAAAACCUUGGGGAAACACAUUCGGGCCAUUAGGGUAGCCACAGCCAACCCUCGCUUAGUAGCAGAUGCCAGGCGCCUCAUGACUUCUGGAAGAAUGGCUGCCUCACGCACUAGUCAGGUGCAGAAUGCCUUUAAAGGCACUGUUCUAGCAAUGACCAAAAAAGCUAGAAUCAGGGAUGCAGCCACUGCAGGUGUCUUCCUCGCAAUGGAUAUGUAUUCCCUUGUAAAGGACUCCAUGGAUUUAUAUGAUGGAGCAAAAUCAGAGUCAGGCAAAGAACUGCGGGCCCUGGCUCAGGAGCUGGAGGAGAAGUUGAAAGAGAUUGCCCAGAUCCACAAGACACUCCUGGAGCCUUAGUGACAGCAGC